GUUUCAGCAUGCCGGGACACACAUGCGGGUUGGAGAAGCGCUUACCGGGAUUCGCUUUCCGCUCAGCGUUUGUUUUCUAAGGGAUUGUGACAUGGAUGGAUUACUCUGGGCUUCUCAUCAACUCGGAUAAGUUUCGGAAACUUUCAAAGAGUCACUCUACAAACUUCUGGCUUAGAUCCUUUCGGGAUUAUCGCUGCAUUUUCAUGGAUGUUUCUUUGUGUGGGCCACGAAUGUAUCUUAGUUGAACUGCACCUCAAAGGAGUCCUAAUAUGGGACAAUUUGUUGCUACACUACAUGAGAAAGACAGUCCAUGGCUUCUCUGUUCACUGUUUCUGCUUAUAAUUGCAGGUAAAGUUUCCCCCACCAAUUAUGACGCCCUGCUCAAUGCCCCUGCUGCUACUGCCACCUCCAGCCCCCCAGACCUCUACCUUCCUGCCAGCUUCAAGCUCUCCAACACCCAACUGGCCUUCUUUCUUCAAGAGAGCCGAACUGCAGUACGAAAUGCCCCGGGCGGACAUCCCUUGCAUCGUUCUGAGAGCUUUGUGGUCUUUCAGACCAAGGAGUUACCCUCGGUCAACAUCUCUUUGGGUCAUUUCACCCAGGACCAGACUCUUUCCAAAGAUCUUUUACAGCCUUCAAGUCCCCUGGACAUCCCUGGUAGGCUGACCGUCAACUGGAAGGUACGGGCAUUUAUUGUACAGUCCAAGGUCUUCGCAAGCAACCCAGUGGUCCAGGUGCUGUUUUACAUUGCAGGCCGGGACUGGGAUGACUUUAAGGUCCAAGAUAAGCUGCCGUGUGUGAGGUUACAUGCUUUCCGUGAUGUUCGGGAGAUCAAGACUUCUUGCAGGCUCCAGGGUAACUUGGCACAAUGCUUGGCACAACUGGACCUCCCGUCCACCUGGUUCAACGUCAACGUGGCACCUUUAGGUCGCAGAAAGUCCUCGGUUGCAGACAUUCUGGAGAUGACUGGGGAAACCCUACAGGCAGAGCUUUAUUACACCCUCCAUGAUCCAGACAGCAAAGGAGAGUGUGGUGAAAGUUACCCCAGGCGAGGAGGAGGGUCUCGAGGGGAGAGCACAUCCCAACAGCCACUACUUCGUAUUGGGAGCAUCAGCCUGUACCAGCCCAGUCAGGAGCAGCUGGUAGUGGACAAGCAACUGGACAAGAACCUUUUCUUGAGGCUACCUGAUAAACCAUUAAAGCCUGGCGAGACUCUCAACAUCUUCUUGUAUCUGGUGCCAAACUCAACAGUGGAACAGUUCACUCUCAAGGUAAAAGCGAAGAAGGGGGUGAACCUCCUUAGCACCAAGGCGAAGAGCAGCCAGUGGAAGGUGGACUGGGAAGUGCAAUCGGGAGCCAAGCACUCCAUCGCCACAGUGGAAGUCAGCAAGAUAAAAGGAGUUUCCGGCGAUGUGGCUGCCAAUGUGGAAAUCAUGCAGCUGGAUUUUGAAAUGGAAAACUUCACGAGCCAGUCGGUGACGAGAAGAAUCAACUGGAACAUCGAUUACCGCGGUCAGUACCCACCUCCGGAUUCGGAUAAGGUGGUGACUGAGUUGACGGUGGUGCAGAAGGAUAUUCAGGCCAUCAUACCGCUGUCUAUGGACACAGAGAUCAUCAAUACAGCCGUGCUGACCGGCCGGACCGUCGCCAUCCCAGUCAAAGUCGUCUCCAUAGAACUAAGCGGGACAGUCACCGACAUCUCUUCGUUCGUGGAGUGUAAGUCGUCCAACGAGGACACCAUCAAGGUAUCCAUGAACUGCGAUUACGUGUACGUAAACGGUAAGGAGGCACGAGGAUCCAUGAACGCACGUGUGAUCUUCAGCUACGAGCACCUAAGCGCCCCUUUGGAGCUCACCGUGUGGGUGCCCAAGCUGCCUCUAAACGUCCAGCUGUCUGAUAACAGCCUGAGCUUUAUCAAAGGUUGGAGGGUCCCGAUCCUGCCUGAUCGCAGGUCGGCUCGCGACAGUGACGAUGACGACGAAGAUGAGAGGAAGGUGAGCCGUGGCUGCACUCUGCAAUACCAACGAGCCCAGGUGAAGGUUCUCACGCAGUUCCACACUACCUCCAGCGAGGGCACCAAUCAGGUGAUCACCAUGCUGGGGCCCGACUGGCAGGUGGACGUCACCGACCUGGUGCAAGACUCGCUCAAAGUUGUGGAUCCACGUGUGGCCGAGUUGGUUGAUCACACUGUCUUGGUGGCCCUGGAGCAGGGAUCUACCAUACUGAAGGUUGAAUCCCCGCUUGCAGUGGAAGCCGUGUUGGGCGAGGCACCGUUCUCUGUACUGGAUGACAAAGUUUCCAUAAUGGAUCUGCGUGUCCAUGCCAUCUCCGGACUCAGCCUGAGUCUUCAACCCAGUCCAGGAAACAGUCACACCAUGGUGGCAAAGGCAACAGGGCUACAGACACUGUCUUCUCUUAAACAGGAAGCCAGCCUCUCCAUUUGGGCUUACUUUAGUGACAACACAGCAGCCCCUCUAAGCAUAUAUGACCCCAAGGAUUACAACCUUAAUGCCACCACACUGGAUGACAAGGUGGCCUCCAUUAUCCAGGAGCCUCAGCAAAGGUGGCCAGUCAUUGUUGCAGAGGGGGAAGGAACCGGGGAGCUUGUACGUGUAGAAAUGACCAUAUGUGAAGCAUGCCAGAAGACUAAACGAAAGAGUGUUAUAGCUUCUUCUCCAGUUUACGUAAAAGUACGGUUUGGGCCUGAUGAUUCUGAAGAGUUAGAAGAUGAUCUGGAGAUGGAGCCUAAAGUGCCACUCAACACAAGAAAACCAAUCCUUGAUCCUAGUAUGGGUAGUACUGGAUACGAGCCAUCCAACGAGCAGCCUGCAAGUGUGCCAAUUGACUAUACCAACUUCCCCACUAUCAGUAACCAGGAUAGGCCAACUGUGGAGGAAGGGAGUGAAGAAGAUGAGUUUACCCACUCGCCCCGCAGUAUGACUGACUUGGAGAUUGGCAUGUAUGCCCUCUUGGGUGUCUUCUGCUUGGCCAUUCUUGUCUUCUUGAUCAACUGCAUUGUGUUUGUCCUGAAGUACCGUCACAAGCGAAUUCCACCCGAAGGUCAAGCCAACAUGGACCACUCCCAUCACUGGGUGUUCCUUGGUAACGGGCAGCCCUUACAAGCUCAGAGCGACCUCUCACCCCAGACAGCAGAAAGUCCGAGCAAUGCUUUAGAAGGGCCACAGACCUGCUGCCACGGAGAUCACCACAGCAGCGGCAGCUCCCAAACAAGCGUGCAAAGUCAAGUGCAUGGGCGAGGAGAUGGAAGCUCGGGCGGCUCCACCAAGGAGCAUGGCGAAGAUGCAAGUUCUCCUACAUCCAAGCGUAAACGAGUCAAAUUCACCACCUUUACCACACUUCCUGCUGACGAGCUGCCCUACAACUCGAUCCCCAUUGCCGAUGAUGAUGAUAUCCAGUGGGUGUGUCAGGACAUGGGGUUCCAGGACCCUGAAGAGCUACAUGACUACAUGCGCAGGAUAAAAGAAAUACCCUAAUGGUGGCUUUCGGAUUUCUUAAACUAACCUUUCCUUUCUAAUCUUCUCUUUCUCCCCCACCCUCACUCUUCAAAAUUUAUCUUUUCACAUGAAUGGAGAAUGUGACUAAGGACUUGCUGUCCUGUUUCUCCAGGGUGAUACUUUGCACAGUGCUCAUGCUCUUUUAAACGUCUACGCGUGUUUUGGAACUGUUGCUUAAAACAGUGGAUGGAAAGCCAAAUAAGAGACUAGGUGAUCUUUUAAUUGCUAGCACAAAUGGCUUUAGGAGUGUAUGUCAUCCUUUCUCAGGCAAAGAGGACAUACUGUCUCAAAGGGAACACAGAGACUUUUGAGUUCUGAGCAGUGGUGUCGUAAAGGACUCCUCAAGUGCUCCAUCACUCCGGUUGGGAGAAGGUAUAGGUCACCCUGCUGUGGACAGGAGAUUUCUCAGAGGAAUGCCGCACUGUGUCUGUAGUUGUUUUUCCCCCCUCUUUCUCUUUUUCAAACAUCAGAGUAUUCUUCUCCCACAAAGAGGCCUUUGUAGUGCAGAUUUCCAUUUUACUCAGAGAAAGGUGUUUGAGGAGGGUUGUCCCUGUGCAAUCAUUGGCAAUCUAACAUUCAGUAAAUAUCUAAGACGGUACAGCAUUUUGGCCAGUAUUGACAAAUAUUAUUUUUCUUUCCCAUCAUCUUCGUGCCACGUUUCUUUUUUACAUAUAAUUACUAUGUCGCACGUCUGCAUUUUCUACGUCAUACUACAUUCAUUCAGCACGUCAUCACAGAUGUCAAAGUCAGAUGCCUUAUUAAAUAAAUAUUAAUCAUCGCAACCAUUGUGUUGACAAUGUGCUUGUUUACAUCCCAGAGGUUCAAUGCGAAACAGGGAACUACCCAGGCUACUGUGUGUAACUGAAAAUUUAUCUUAGCGGAGAUGAAGAAAGCCACUUUGUGUGUCAUGGCAUUAAAAUAUCUUCAUAUCUCCAGCAUUUGUAUGCAUGAAUGGAGAGUUUAAGACACAGCCAGCUGUUAUUACCCAUCCAUCCCCAACCUCCCUACUGAUUUGUAAAUGUGUGUCUUGUGAUAAUUAUCUAAUCAUACAUGCAUAAAGAACAGUAGAGAACAUAUAAUGUUGUGACAUCUUUACAUGCAUGCCAUUCCAGACACUUUGCCUCUUGUGUACAUACCCAUAUCAUUGUCUACUGGCGCUUAUUAUUAAUUCAUUUUCAUGUUCCAGUUCUUCUUGCGAAAGGAUGGGUACAGAGGUGCCGACAUCAGCAGUUUAUCAUAUUUACUGAAAGGAAGCAGGACGUGGAAGAGGCACAUUUGCUUCUCUUCACGGCAACUUCAUUUAUGUCAGUGACUUCACAAGCUCCAAUUUUGUAAACGGGUGGCGUCCGGGGUUAGCAAGGAGCCAUCUUAUAUGCCAACAUUCGCUAAAGCUUUUAUGAUUAAAUUCCUUUUCUUUUUUUUUCUUCUUUUGGUUUGCUAGUAUUUUUCUGUGAGACAUCUUGGCACCUCUGUAGCUUCCAUAUUUGUCAGACAUUUCAUAAUUUUUUUUUUUGUUUAAACCAUUGUAGGUCAUGCAAAUGACUGCGAAUUAUAUUAUAAUUACAAAGGAAAGGUACAUGAGCGCAAUAUAGGAUAUGUAAAUCUGUGCGGUAGAUUAAUUAAAUUGUAACGCUAAUUGUGAUCACUAAUUUGUUUUUCAAAAUUGUUUACUCUUAUUUAUACCACCUGUUUUUUUAUAUUGAUUAUUUUUUAAUUAUUAAAAUAAGACUGAAAGCGAUGUAUUAUGUUUGCAUUUUUUACACUGGUAAAUGCCAUUAGCUGGUUUAAAAAAAAAAACUUGUUUUAUGCAAGAGUUUUGUCUUGUUUUAUUUCUUUAGUUCUUUACAUCUCUGAAACUUUAUUGAUACACUGAUCAUAUAGAUACAAUAGUUUUUUAUAUAGCGCACAUCAAAGUCAGUGUAUGCACUGCUAUUUACUAGUGUGGAAAUGUUUUCGUUUGCAUUUAACAAGUGGGGAAAUUACUGUUCUAGGAAUUCCGGUUCGGGAAAAGUUUCUAUGAGUUACAGACUUUCAUUCACAAAACACAUCCAUUCCUUCAUUAUUGUGUAACACGUGUCUUGCUCACCUUCACCCAUUAAUAAUUGUAUUAUGACUUAAAGUGUUUGUGUCAUUUUGUUUAUUUGUUGGAUUUAUCCUGGCUAAACAGUGACCUCAGAAUGACAGAGGACCUAAUACUGAUCCCUGGAGCACCUUCUAAACUACAAUUAGAGAGCAACCCAGUCUUUUUCAUUCAAAGUUUCUAUUAAAACUAUGUACUUGAUUAAAUGGAAUUUAUUUAAGUUAAGAAAAUGACAAAGGAAACAUGUCAAGCUGUAUAUUUUUCUUUAUAUUUUUCCAAGCUACACAAAUCCUUUAAUUCUAAGUUUUUACCUGUUGAAUAUCAUUUUGAUUUCCAACCCAAAGCAAUUCACACAUACAGCGAUGGUGGCACUGGAUGAAUGUAAACUCUAAAGGGAGUAACAUGACCAGUGUGUUAUUAAGGUCAACCAAUAGGGCGCUAUUGCUUAAUGAUAUUACUGGCAAGUUUCUAGUAGCAGCUCUAUCUCUCUCUCUCUCUUUCUCUCACACACCAAGUUUUUCUUGUUUUUUUUUUUCCGUGGAUAAUUUUAAUGUCACAAGAGAAUGUUUUCAAUGUUUUUCAUUUCAAAUUGUUAACAAGUAUGCAGACAAAUCGUUUGCAAAUCUUUUGCUGUUUUUGAAACCGCAUCUUUUGUGUUUAAAGGAGGUGCUACUAGGCAUUUGCCAUGACCUCAUCAUCUGAUGUGGACUUGUCCGUUAAGCUCGUCUCUAUGGGAACCUGCUAAAGCACGGAAAUGGCAGUGCUGUGCUGCCUCACUCUUAAUGUACAGAGCACUGUUACGACUUCCUGUAUUUUCCUGGAUUAAAAAAAAAAUACCCCUUGUAUUCCCCACUUAUAUGUAAGUACUUACGAAAAUACAAUAC